CCAAGUUGCCAGCCACUGCAGCCAGCUAGAUUUCUUCGCUUUUGACUUCGAGUGAGUACAGCGCAGCUGAUCUGCUUUCUUGAUCACACUGGAAGAACUAGGCAACGGCGAAGAAAGAGGAGCUUCCAUAUUAUUAUUUAUUUGGAAUUACGGGUAUUCCUCAUCAGAAUAUCAGGCCAACGAGAAUAAGUUGUGUUUUGGAUUUAUAACUGAUAACAUAAUAAUAUUCCAGUGGAACGUAUUCCUGUGAUUUGCUUGCAAUAUUCGUCUAAUCACUCUAAUGUUUUUGAUUUCCCUCCUAAUUGUAACUUAAGUAAGAUUUGCGACAUUUCCAUGCGACACUCGACGAAUUCAAAAGCCUUUCCCUGAUCUGCCUCCAAAGUUUUUCUCCUGUGUGUUCAUGCUAGCAGUUAAAGAUUUGCUUGCAGUGGUUUACUCUUGAGCAGUUUAUGUGCAUCAGGAAAUCUUGAGGAUGCUGCGGUCGGACCUGAUAACGAGUGUUGUGCAGUGGACCUCGUGACGGAAGUGCUGUAGCCCUGGUCGUCAUUGUCAGCAAAUAGCAUCGUCAACCAGGCAGGCCAGCCGAUAUUGUAUAUUUCCGUGUGUGUGUGUCCCCUUUGAAGGGCGUCUAUCCCGGUCCUGCAGCGCUGAUCAAGACGUCUGGAUAAGCAUCUCUGUGCCGACUGCCACCGGCGCCCCAUCAGCUGCAUUUCUCUGAAACGGAAGCGACGGAAUUAGCUAAAUAGACAACUUCUCGAAGGCAUAUGUGCGAAAACUAUAGGACAGUCACGAUGUCUCAGCGUAACUGGGUGGAAAACGUCUUCAGGUUAUUUUCGGGUUCGGUGCCAUGAGAGACAGAAACCUGCGCGCGGUUCCAAUUUAAUUGCUCUCGUUUUCCGUCAAUUUGAUGGGCCGGUCUGGAUCGACUGCAGCACUCGCUUGUGGGUUUCGCUUAUUAUAACGAUUUGACAAUGGAGCAGUGGGGCAGAGUGAUCGGCAAGGAAAAAAUCAUCCUCCUGCAUAGUAGUGUCAAACCCGAUUUGAACGUCAUCAGCUUAGGACACAGACACUCGUGAGCACGUACCGCACAGUGCGGAUUCCGGGAUUGGUGUGAGAAAAGCGGGAUAUUGUACAGGACGAACCAACUGGUUGUAUUCAUCGACCAUUAUAAAUAAAGCACGAUUUGAAAGAUGCACCGUAACAGUGUGUCUUUAUCAUCGCGGCGCAGUAACGGCAGUACAAGUCCUUCAGUCAUUAGGCAUCCAUCCGGAAGCGGAAAGCAUGGCACUGAAAGCUACUUUGAUUACAGCCGUGCUUUAAGUCAAUCAUCCACAUCGCAUUUAGUCGACAUGUCGCAUAUCCUGCAAGAUUGUCGUCUUAUGCACUACCGCUCCAAUUUCCCGCAAUAUCUCACCUUGGAAGAGCUGCGAGCUAUUUCGGAGGAAGAUUUGCGGACAAAGUACAACGUGCAAAAUGGGGAUGAUUGUCGGCGGCUGUUGGAUGCUGUGGAAUCAUUAGACGGCAGCUACACAGAACGGUGUGAGUCGGAAUGCGGAUCGGUGUCCUCUGUACCGUUAUCACCAGAAAUUCGUCGCAUUAGUGAGCACAGCUACACGGAACCGAGUUUGCUGGCUAUUUACCACAGCUCACGAUCACUUCACCGGACCAUAUCGGACGAUCCGCGGAGUCGCAGCCGGAAGGAAUCCAUGGCUUAUCCCAGUGGACAUGGCCAUCAGUUAGUGGCUUUUCAGUGGACGAGUGGUGCGCCUAGUGCCGCAGAGACAUCGAAUUUGUUGAAAAUUAAACAUAGUCAGCUGGGUAAGAGUGCGCCAGCGCUCAGUAGUUUUUCGUGGAAGGACAGCCCCUCCGUGACCCCGGCCACACGCAAACACAGUCGCAGCUUCCGGGCCAGUCAUUUGGGAACUGGUUAUCAUCAUUCCAGUAGUGGAAAUCAGAGGGCUCAUUCGCCUUUCAUUGGCACUCCUGCAGACAUGAAAGAACCUGCAUGCCCUUUUUCGCAUAUCCUGCAGCGCAUUCAAGACGGGCGUCGCUGGUCUGUGACCUCUUUGCCCUCUUCCGGUUACGGCACCAACACACCGGAGAGCUCUACCAUUUCCUCACAGUGCUCAUCACAGGAGCGUUUGCACCAGGUGGGUCACCAUGGUUACGAUGAAGGACGUCUGCCGGCGCUGGCCGUUAUCCAGAACUCCUCGCCCUGUCCGCCGUCUCAUCAUCCCGCUGGUGAACAUCCUGGCCGCAUGUCACCCCAGCGUCAGUUACUCCUCCACAAACCCCGCUCACGCAGUCUCAGUCCCACACGAUCUCCUAAUCCCUGUGAUAAUGAAUUAGUCUUUAUGAACAGUAUUUAUCGUGAUCGCUUCCCCAAUGCCAAAGUGCAGAUGGAGGAUAAGCUGAAAAAGUUUCUCGAUAGUCGUCGCAGUGAGUCGGAUGAUAUGGAUAGUAUAGCGCGCUUUGUGCAUCAUCAAUUGAUUGAGCUGGCUCAGGAUUGUCUACAGAAAUCCCAGGAGAACCAUCUGUCCUGUGCGUACUUUUAUGAAAUGUCGGAGCAGUUGGAAAAGCUGGCCAGUGAGGUCAAAGAAAAGGCACCCGGGAGUGUGGUUUAUAUUAGCCGAUUGGUCAAAGAGAUUUUAAUGCUUAUUGCCCGCCCGGCUCGAUUGCUAGAAUGUCUCGAGUUCAAUCCCGCCGAGUUCUACAGUUUGUUGGAGGCGGCCGAAGGUCAGGCCAAGGAGAAAUCCAAUAUUCGGCUAGAUACCCACAGCAUUCCACAGUAUAUCGUCAGUAAGCUGGGACUCAACCGAGAUCGCAUCACUGAACUGCAGCAGGAAUUGGACUUGGAUGCCGCUGUGGCGGCAGUGAGCGAGAAGCGGGCAUGUAAGGCGGUAAAGGUGCCAAAGGAAGAUGAUUUCGAUAUAAUUAAAUUGAUCAGUAAUGGGGCAUACGGUGCGGUCUAUCUUGUGCGCUGCAAAGAAACUCGCCAGCGUUUUGCCAUGAAGAAGAUUAACAAAGCCAAUUUGGUACUGCGUAACCAAGUGGAGCAAGUGUUUGCCGAACGGGAUAUUCUCAGCUUUUCCGAUAAUCCUUUCGUGGUUGGCAUGUUCUGCUCCUUUGAAACGAAGAAACAUCUCUGUUUGGUCAUGGAAUAUUUAGAGGGCGGGGAUUGUGCCACUCUGUUAAAGAGCAUCGGUCCCUUCCCGCUGGAUAUGGCCCGUUUAUACUUCGCAGAGACCGUGUUAGCUCUCGAAUAUCUGCAUAAUUACGGCAUUGUGCACCGUGACCUGAAACCCGAUAAUCUCCUCAUCACCUCCUUAGGCCACAUUAAACUGACUGAUUUCGGGUUGUCGAAAAUGGGACUGAUGAAUUUGACCACCAACCUUUUGGAGGGUACCACCCAGCAGUUUCGGGAUCAGCAAGUAUACGGUACACCGGAGUACAUCGCACCGGAGGUGAUUCUCCGGCAAGGCUACGCUAAGUCUGUCGACUACUGGUCCAUGGGGAUCAUUCUGUAUGAGUUUUUAAUUGGCUGUGUGCCGUACAUGGGUGACACAGUGGAGGAGCUGUUUAUGCACAUUGUCAACGAACCGGUCGAAUGGCCCGACGAAGACGACUGGCUGUGUCCGCCGGAGGAGGCCAAGGACGUCAUUACGCGGCUACUGCAGCAGAAUCCCUAUGAGAGGCUGGGAUCGGGUGGAGCGCAGGAAGUGAAGGAUCAUGUGUUUUUUGAGCAUAUCGACUGGGCAUCGCUGAUGUUGACCAAGGUGGAUUUCAUUCCGCGACUGGAUAAUGAGGAGGAUACAAGUUAUUUUGAUUCCCGUAUCGACAGAUAUAAUCACGAACUGGAAGGGUGCGACGACGAUCCAGAUGAUUCCGACGAACAUUCCUUGUUCUCGUCCUUUUCCAGCUGUUCCCCACGUUACAGCCAAGUGUACUCGAGUAGUGACAAGGAUCUGGAAGAACUGCGGCGCACCUAUAAGACGCGGAUGAACAGCAACAGCAGUGUGACCAGCGCAUUGUCAGAUGACACGUCCGUCACUAGUGUCAGUACCACUCGCUCCGAAGGUGACGAGAGCUCAACCGUUAAAAACUCCGCUGAUGAAGAAACGCCGAUCGGUGAUGUCAUGACUAGCGGGGAAUGGUCGAACUCUACUGUGGAGUUGGAUCCGGACCUGCCACCAUGUUCACACCCACGCUUGCCGACAUUUUCUAUCUCCGUCGAAGACCACAGUGGUAUGAGCGAAGCCCGCCCGUUAGACGAGCGUCCCGCAUCCACCGCAUCCGUACCACAUUUGUCGCCAGUGAUACCGGCGUCGCCCCUAGCUUCACCGUCGCGUCCCGUUGCCAAAUCCAGUAGUGCGCUGGCUUUGUCCAUCGCGCAGGAAGCGGCACCCGGACGAGUGAAUUCACUGAUGGCGUCACCGGGAGCGUCCAGCACCAGUUCACGUGAUGUAUCCCCUUCACGCGAACUAUCUCCUCUGCUCAACACGCUCAAUCCGCCGCUAAUCAUCCGCAAAGGUCCUCGGGGAUUCGGCUUCACAUUAGCCGCAUUGCCCGUGUAUAUUGGCGACAGCAAUGUCUACGUGCUGCACCAUAUUGUGCAGAGCAUUGACACGCGAGGAAGUGCGUUCGAGGCUGGUGUGCGGCAGAAUGACUUGGUGACACAUAUCAACGGUGAACGCGUUCAAGGCCUCUUACACACACAGGUUCUUCAACUGAUGGCCUCCGGUGGAGAUAAGAUCACGGUGCGGACCAUUCCUCUCGAUCAGACAUCGAUCAAAUCCGGCGGCAAGAAACGCCAUCUGGCUGAGAGCAAGAUGGCCAAGCGGGGAAAAAAGAACUCUGGGUCGCGGCGCAGUGGUGCACGCGACAUCCGUCGACGUUCGUCGCUCUUUCGCCGACUGAGUGACCGGCGGGCGGCCUGUGAAGGCAGUCUGUCGCCCACACCCAGCAUCGCUACACAGUGCUCGCGGGAAGCCAGCAUACCGGUUCCGCGGUCGCCACCCGCCAUCUGUCGUUCGCCGCCGAUUUCACGGUUUGUUUUACCUGCCAGUCCCUCUCCCAUGCCCAGUCCGGCUUUCGCGGUUCCACAUUUCAGUCGGCCGAGCUCCUUGCUGGGUCUGAAGCAUAAAGCCAUGAGUAUGAUGCGGAAUCGGAACCGGCGCAAGUCCGUUGGGCAUGUGCCCAUUGUAUCGCCGCUGGCGCGAACACCUUCGCCGGCGCCGCCCUCACCCGCCCCACCGAGCCCGAAUUCCCGCUCACCCAGCCCACUCAUGGCACCGGUACUACAGGAAGCGAUUCCGGUGCCCGGCGGGAAUGGGCGGUCCUUUACCCGGCCGCAGUCGGGGAGUGAGGGGAAGUCGCUGUUGCGGCGUGCUCUGUCACCGGAGCGGGUACAACCGGUGCAGCCACUGGGGCGCAUUAAUCGGCACGGGAGGAAAUCGUCACCGGCGGGAAUGUUCGCGGGACUGGCGGGAGCUGGGCCGCGGCGGAAAUCUUCCGUGGCCGAUGUGUCUUUCCACAGAGAAUCGUCGGAGGAGGCGCCUUCUGGGGCAGCUGGCGGAAAACCGGACGGAGGCUCCUCGUGAGGAUAUGAACGAUUGUUUUAUUAUAGUUGGUCUUAAUUUUAUUUUAAUAUGCUUUUUUCGGUGCUGCUCAAAUGUGACAAUAUGGCUUAGGAGUGAAGUUAUGUUUGGUAUGAGAGCUUUUAUAACUCUAGUGGAUAACAAGGGCUGCGUCAGCGGAAUGGGGCUGCUCAUUCGUGUCCGUGUACAUAGUUUGUGUCCGCUUUUGUUUGUUGGUAGAUCGUGAUUUUUAACUCUGAUGGCAGAUGUGAAUCUGACGGGGAGCUUCGGCAUGCAACUCCUUCGUAGUACAGUCGCGAAAAUAUAUGCUAAUGUGUGUAUUUUGCAAUCUGUAUGAUAAUUUGAUUACUGUUUGAUUUCUUGUUGUUUGACUGACACGCAAGCGAAGAAAACAUCAUUUGCUUCGA